AUGAACGACAAAAAAAAUCUUACAAAAGAUGAACUUGCAAAUUAUUUAAAAAAUUUAAAGGAUAAAGCACCUCCUAAACCUUCAAGUCUAAUAACACCACCAAAAAGUCCAAUAGCCUCCACUGCUCCAUCCAACAACAAUAGGAAAAGAGGAGGUUUGUAUGGUCCAAGGGUGUAUCCUUCUCCAAAGAAGAUCACCUCAAUUCUAGGUCAAAAAAUUGGAGAAAGCAUCAAAACACCAUCCUCUCCUCCCGAAUCAGUUUCCAGUUCUACUGCUUAUUCAUCAUCAUCUUCUACACGACUAAACACCACAGAUACAGUUUCAUCAGGCUUAAAUUUUAAUGAAGCUGAUGCAAACAAGAUUGAUGGAAAUAAUGAUAUUAAUGGACUUAUUAAUGAUUUAACUUAUCCAAUGGAAACGAAGCUUUCUUUUAAGUUAAAUAAUAAUCAAUCAACGGAUAUUAACAGUGGCUAUAACAACAACAACAACAUUGAUGAAAGAACCAUCUCUGCUAAUGCAUCUACUACAAAAAUAGAUAAUAACACAAAAGAUGGUUAUGUUUUAUCUGCUGCAUUUAAAUCGUACUCUGCUUCUUCCAGACCAGCAUCAAGGACUCCAUCAUUAAUUAAACAAACCACAAAGCAAAUUCAAAGUGAAGUUAAUAAAAACAAGAAAAUAUACAACUCUACAGUAAAUAUGUUACAAAAACAACAUCAAUUUAACAAGCAACUAAAUAAUGAACUAGAAAACAAUGAUAAUAAUUCACAAUGGAAUCCACGAUAUGAUGAGACUCAAAAGAAAUUCCCUCAUUCAGAAAAACUUGAAUAUAAUCAUAAUUCAAUACCAACUUCACCAACUUCACCAAAAAUAUAUACAUCAAAUAAUCAACCUUUUAAUGGUAGUAGUAGACCAUCAUCAUCUAUGUAUAAUGUAGCAUCAAUAGAAUGUGCAGCUUGUAACAAAUCAAUCACAGGGAAGGUGUUGUCGGCAAUGGGGAAAAAAUGGCAUCCAGAUCAUUUCACAUGUACAACAUGUAAUACUUCUUUAGAACACAUUGCCUUUUUUGAACAAGAUGGAUUGCCAUAUUGUCAUUUGGAUUUUCAUGAAUUGUUUAGUCCAAGAUGUGGUUAUUGUAAUACACCUAUUGAAGGGCAAUGUAUUACGGCACUUGGAAAAUCUUGGCAUGUAGGACAUUUCUUUUGUCGUGAAUGCGGUGGACCAUUUGAAAGUGGUGGUUUCAUGGUACAUGAUGGUUAUCCAUACUGUGAAAAAGAUUGGAUGAAAAAAUUUGCACCAAAAUGUAAAGGUUGUCAAAAUCCAAUUAAAGAAGAAUUUACAAGCGCGUUGGAUGGAAAGUGGCACCGUGAUUGUUUUGGUUGCAAGACUUGUAAUCAACCAUUCCAUAGUUCAUAUUAUGUUCACCAAGGACAACCUUAUUGUGAUGUACAUUAUAGAGAAAUAAGAGAAUUUUGA